UUAACUUUGACAAAGACAAAAGCAAAACAACAAACUUGCAUUUCCCUUCAUCAUCUUUCGCGAUUCAGAUCUGUUUGACCCCAAACUUCACUUUCCCCCAAAACACACACAUUUUUCACACACACAGAAAGAGCUAUAGAACUGAAAUAGGAAAAAAGAGGGCAAAUUUGAUUCUAGGGUUUACUGUUUUCCGGUAAAAAUGGAUGGUUCAGCUCCGCAAACUGACACGGUGAUGUCGGAUGCGGCGGCACAGCAACCAGAUCCGCCGUCGCAGCCGGUGGCCGGAAUGGAUAACAUUCCUGCGACGUUGAGUCACGGUGGACGGUUUAUUCAAUACAAUAUUUUUGGUAAUAUAUUUGAAGUUACUGCAAAGUAUAAGCCUCCAAUUAUGCCCAUCGGUAAAGGAGCUUAUGGUAUUGUUUGUUCUGCCUUGAAUUCGGAGACGAAUGAGCAUGCUGCGAUAAAGAAAAUUGCGAAUGCUUUUGAUAACAAAAUUGAUGCCAAGAGAACUUUGCGUGAGAUCAAGCUUCUUCGACAUAUGGAUCAUGAAAAUAUUGUUGCGAUCAGAGAUAUAAUUCCACCACCUCAAAGAGAAGCAUUUAAUGAUGUCUACAUUGCAUAUGAGCUUAUGGACACUGAUCUCCAUCAAAUUAUUCGCUCUAAUCAGGGAUUAUCAGAAGAACAUUGCCAGUAUUUCUUGUAUCAGAUCCUCCGUGGGUUGAAAUACAUACAUUCUGCAAAUGUUUUGCAUAGGGACUUGAAGCCUAGCAAUCUUCUCUUGAAUGCCAAUUGUGAUUUAAAGAUAUGUGAUUUUGGUCUAGCUCGUGUCACUUCUGAAACUGACUUUAUGACCGAAUAUGUUGUGACAAGAUGGUACCGACCUCCGGAGCUGUUGUUAAAUUCUUCUGACUAUACUGCAGCUAUUGAUGUUUGGUCAGUCGGUUGCAUUUUCAUGGAACUGAUGGACAGAAAGCCUCUGUUUCCUGGUAGAGAUCAUGUACACCAGCUACGUCUGCUUAUGGAGUUGAUUGGCACCCCGUCUGAGGCUGAAAUGGAAUUUUUGAAUGAGAAUGCAAAGCGGUACAUCAGACAACUUCCCCUUUACCGUCGACAAUCAUUUGUCGAAAAAUUUCCACAUGUAAACCCUGCUGCUAUUGAUCUUGUUGAGAAAAUGUUGACAUUUGAUCCCAGAAGGAGACUUACUGUUGAAGAUGCGCUUGCACAUCCAUAUUUAACAUCGCUUCAUGAUAUCAGUGACGAGCCCGUUUGCAUGACUCCUUUUAGCUUCGAUUUUGAACAGCAUGCCCUUACUGAGGAGCAAAUGAAAGAGCUGAUUUACAGGGAGGGUCUUGCAUUUAAUCCCGAAUACCAGCACAUGUGAGUACUCGCUCGUUUGCUGUUGGAUUGUCUGUGUGACUUUCAUUUUUUAAUGGAACCAGGUCAGUUAUAUCUCCAUGUAUAUACAUGUCUUUUCCGCCCAAUCACGGGAUAGGUUUCUUUUUGAACGUUUUAAUUUAUGUAGCAUGACCUGUGUAUGACCAUUGUUUUUCUGUACUUUAAGAGGUGGUUCACUUGUAUCAGUAUUGUUAUUAUUACUCAUUGAAAUUCUGCUGGACGAUUUUAGUCCCAGAAAUGUAAUCUUUCUGCUAUUGGAUUUCUAUUCCUUUGUCA